AACAAGGAUGGUAUAGAUUGCCAUGAUCUUAUUUUUUUUCACUUUAGUGGCAAAAAAAAAAUGAUUGUAUUAAAAGCUACGAACACAUCAAGAGGAUUUAUUUUCUCAGCCGUUUAACCGAAAAAGACAGAAUAGGUAUGAUCAGGCCAUGAACAACAGAGACUGAGCUCAGUCAGAACAAUGGCGUUCCAAGUAAUAAGGCCGGAGCCAAACACGUCACACACAGGCGGCAAGAACCAAAUAAAGUAUUGUUUCUUUGGGCAAGAAAACGCUUCACCGUAUAAAGGUCUUCAAACUCAGAGCACAAUCACAAGUUCAGGACACAAUACAUCACAAACAGACUUAGGGCUUAGCAUAGCUUUCAAAACACCUACAGUUUAUGGUUGGAUCGUACGUAUAACUGCCAAGCGAUUCUCAUUUCAGGUUCCCUGUCCGAUUUUUUGUCUCUGAGCCUUUCUUGGAAUCAUACAAGGGCGACACGGCGAGACCAUCAAGCAAAUAGAAACUUUCGCUCGCUAGGAAAUGCUCAGCCAUUCCUCUUUGUUGUUUUCGAUUUUGGCACACAUGUCCUUUGUCCACUUCAACGCAUGCGUUGACCGAAGAGAAAGAACCUGCGCACGCUCGGUAAAAUUCCUCGACAGAAAUAAUUGCUCUUUUCAGGAAAAAGUUUGGAAAAGUUUGCCAAACUUUUCCAAACUGCCUAUAAGAUUCGUAAGCUCAGAUUUAGUUUGGACUACGGAACUUUUCCUCGCAAAAUUGUCUUUCUUUUUCCCUUUUAAACCAUUCCCUUUGUUUGGAGACCAAGAAUCCAGCUACGAAUCGUGCCGCUAAAAGGUUUGUGACAUUAGCGCUAGACAAAUGGCGCAUAACAACAGACCAUUAAAGAAGACAAGCAGAAACUGAAUUUUUGCAUUUUUAACACUUAGCCACACUUUAAAAGAACUUCCCUUGCUCGGUGGCAUUAGCAUCUAUUUGUUUUAAAACGGAUUCAAAUUUUCUCAAAGACAGUUAAUUGUAGUUCAAUUGAUUUCUCCGUUCCUCCGUUCUCUUUUGAAACACUAGUGAAAGUGUUUUAAUAACAAUCGCUGGCCCUUCAAGGUAUUAUAUCGUCUGUGCUUAUUUCAUCAGUGAUUCAUAGCUUAUUUCCCCUAUUAUUUGAGCACAUGUUUUAUAACAAUCGCGAACAAACUGUCGAACUGACAGAAUAUAGGAGACAUAAAAUGUAAAACAAGAAAACUAGAACCUGUUCGUCUUCAGUGCUCAUAUUGAACGAAUAACAAGCAAAACGUGUAAAUAAUUAAAUAAAUUUUGUGGUACACCAAUAAACAUUAAUUUGAGGGAACCAGAAACCUGUCAGUUUACAUACAGCUUAACUUCCAGCAUAGAAUUCAUAACUAGUUCGGAUUCAGAAGUGUCUUUUUAUGAAAUUAAGUUUUGUGGACAGAUAUUCUAAGAGUGAAUCAUCAAGAAUGAUUGCAUGAGUAAUGAUGACUGCUUCCGCUCAGGUGUUUUCUAAUUUUAACGCUUAGCUAGAAAAACUUGUGUUACUAAGUGCAUUCGUCAUUCUGGAGCAAAAGAUUUUGCAUAUUGAGCUGAAAACCUGUCACGUACUCUUCUAGUACGCUUGCGCACAAUAAAUAUUGGGCAAUCCUUUCUGUGUGACCGAUGAGCCAGUUUUCACAAGAAAACCGGCUGUACCACACGGAAAAUGUCAUUGAAAGAACUUUCUUGUCUCUUUUAGCUCAAACACUCUUUUUUCCGGAGAAAAAUGGAAAUAUCGAUGUUUUUUGGAGGCCUCAACAGAAAGGAAAUGGCGCAUAAAGGAAACCUGAUUAAGCCUCUCGUGGUUGUCAAUCUUCCUAACAAGUUGAGCAAGCCAGAGUGUGGAGGUGUGAAAGAGGAUGUACUGACAUACACUGGUAUUGACCAUCAGAGUAAAUGUUAACACCUUGAGCUCACAAUGGAAGGAAGUACGCACAUUCAACAACAGGCUUGCUAAGAGGAAAAUCAUGUUGUUGCUGAUGAUUUACAGUGUAGUUAAUGAUAUAUUUAAUGCCAUCAUUGACAUGUUUUUUUUGUUUGUUUGUUUUUUUUUUAAGAAAAAAAAAGGGAGAGAAAUUGCCUGUGGCUGUAACGUAACCAGUGAUCAGUAAACAAUACUUAUAGUCGUUCUAGAAACUGUUUUAAGCAUAAAGAGUAAGUUAAAGUCAGUAUUAACCAGUUGUGUACUAUGUCAAAGUCUCGGCCUUCAAUUGUGGAAAAAUAUGGCUCCCCAAGACGGACUGACAGACUAACAGGCUGAAAGACUAACAGACUGACAGACUGACAGACCGACUGGCUGACCAUGACUGACUGUCUCCCUGCCUGAUUGACUGAUAGAAAGACAGACGAUUUUACUAUAUUUCCCCAGUCUCGGACUUUAGUUCUUAAUAAAGUUCAACCCCUAUUAAACGGCCACCCUCGGGGAAAUGUAUAUUGGCCGCUUAAUGCGGGCUGGCCGUUUAAUAGAGGUAAAAACAAUAAACAAGCCCUCAUCGGGACUUUGAUUACUGGCCGCCUUAUAGGUGUGGUCGUUUAAUAGGUGACCGCUUAAUAGGGGUUCGACUGUAGUAACAAGUGAUCCUUCAUCCCCAUACACUUUUGCGUCUUUAUUCGAAAGAAUGACGACCAUAGAUAAUGUUCCUUUGACAUUUUAGUCACCUCCACUCAAUGGUUUUGCCUCUAUGCGAGGGCAAAUCAAAUAAAGCCUUUCAACAGUCUAUAAAGAUACCCACUCUGACUUAAAUACUUCCAUAUUGCUGCACCAACCUGGUUGCAACUCGUUACUAGUAGCAUGUAUGUCCCCUCUAAUUUUAUCAACUCACAGCGCUUUCACAGUCAGAAAAAACUUUUCUUUUGAUCUCCGUAGUUUAAGUUUUACUUAAAAGUUGUUUUGUAAAACCUUAGGUUCUCCGUGGGUGGUUAUCAACAGGAGACUUGGAACUCUGAACGACUUAACACGCAAUGUUUUUCAUUCAUUUUAUUAAUAAAGACUCAAUCACAAUUUGGCUUAUCAACUUGGUAGAAGUCCGAAUGAACAUUGAAGUAGCACAUUGUGAAAAUAAAUGCUAAAACUGGCGCAAACUGGAGACUAGCAAGCUUCCUGUCUGGCAUUGACGUGAGGGUUUGACUACGCUGCAGGGGAUAUGAAGUAUUAUGUUUGGUGAAAACUUAAGGUGAUCUCAUCAAUCUCUUGGCAAAAGCUUUUCUAAAUUCAACGUAGCACCUUGUUAUCUGAGAUCAGCUUGCAAAAUAAGCCCACACGCGACUAGGUUAUCGUACGAGACGAUCCAUUCCGUAAUGUCGCGUUAUGCGCCCACGCAAUGGUGCAGGCGCGAAUUUCCUGCGCGUAAACAACGUGGUUAGCUCGCGACAUUGGCAUUGGCGUAAAACAAAUUUAUUUGCUUUCAAAAAUAAAUACGUGCAGAAAGUUGCCAUUCUCUUAUCACUGUUAUUAUUUUUACUUUAAGCGUUUUUACACCAAAAUGCACGAAACCACCAAAUCUUUUAUAUAAGUAACUUACAACUCUUUUUCAAACUCCCAAAGUAAUUUUGCUUACGUGUUUUUUCUGAAGGAGAAAUCCCAAGUCAUAUUUAGCAAUUGAACUACUUCAACGGAACGGACCACUAAGCCAAGGUCAUGUCACUCUCUGAAGCCUCUUGAGUAAAUAUUUUUUAAAUGUUCAUAUUUUAUCUUCUGACCCAGUAAGCCCAGAAAAGAAACGUUGAAUCCAAAAGUACGAAUGAAGCACUCUCUAUAGCAUUCGAAAGGUGGACGAGAAGGUUAUAUCUUACAACUAUUAAAAAUAUUGGAAAAACUAUGAACUGUUUUUAUGUAACAUAUAUCGUCGCGUACGUGCCUGCAAUUUAAUUAGAAACCAUCAAUUGCCUUGACUUUGCAGUUUAACUUAUUUUUAUUACGUCAGUGGAAAGAAAAACAAUUAUUAAUAUUUUAUUUUCAACUCUGAUUGGAGAUCAUAGAGACUCGUGGUACCUCAUGAGGUCUAUAAGCUUAAUUAAUCACGUGCUUUGUCAAUCAGCGUAGCAUUAUAUUGACUUUAAAUCAUUCGGGUUCCUCUUUGAACCCAGUUGAAAUGAACCAAAUCAUAAAAAUGUUAGAAUUCUUGAUAAACAACAAACAUCGGCAAAGAACAUUCACUGGUGACAUUGUUUACUUCCUCGACGAUGGUAUAGCUUGUCCGUGACGUCAUUUUACAUUCUGUUCGUCAAUUCGGGGAGCAGAGAUGGCGCAGUGCUGAGAGCGCUUGCCUCCAACCAAUGCGGCCCGGGUUCGAUUCCGGCUCGGUGCCGCUUGUGGUUUGAGUUUGUUGUUGGUUCUCGUCUUGCUCCGAGGGUUUUUCUCCAGGCUCUCCGGGUUCCCUCCCUCUACAAAAACCAACACUCCAAAUUCUUAUUGGACCAGGAUAGAGGACCUGCAUGAAAACCAUCUAAGGUUGAUGUGGCUUCCUCUCUAAAUAUCAUAAUUUAAAUAUUGCAAUUUAUUUAUUUGUAUGAUUACUGUACUCUUGUCGCACCACGUGAUCAUAAAAUCAUCAAGCGAGGUAAUAAGCGACACGCACCACCUUAGCUUGUCGCAAAUUAAGCAUCGCUUAAACUCAAGAACGAAUUCAGUAGCAAAACAUUGAAGGGAACGGUUACAGUUUCCAAGGGUAAGUAUUUUAUCACCUAAAUUGGAAAUGGCGCUUAGCGCCUUAGAAUUAAAUUCAUUCUCAAGUUGAACCCAGUUUAUUAUUUUAAGCUUUUUUAGUGAUUCACAAUAACAAGUAAUAUGGAGUCUAAUAACAAGUAAUACGGAGUCCCAGUUAAAGUUAGAUGGUAAAUAUAGCCAUCGCUUAUGAAAUAGAAUCACUUAACACACACACACGUGCUUGCAGUCAUAAUCCGUGUGAGAUCACGCACAACUUGAGAGCAUUGUAUGUUAUUCAUCGUUUGUUUUCCGUUUGAGCGGUAUUUUAUAUAAUUGGUAAAUGGAGAAUAAAAGUAUUCCAUAGGACACAUGUCAAAUCGAUGCCGAGGGGUUUGGUUGAUUGAGAAGGAGAAGACUUGGGUGAGAAAGACUGAGGCGAAGUGGUAAGCAAAUUGAGCAGGUCAUAGGUUUUCAAUUUGUUUUUAUAUCACCAGAAAACUGUUAGAACGCGAUCAAAACGCUGUUUUUCAUUUCGUUGUUAACUUAAUGCUGGUCUUCACCAAAACACAACAGCAACUACAACAACAACUAUCUUCAUUUGUACUCUCUCAUAUUAUGAUACUAAAGGCACAAAAAUAUCAAUGUUAAAAAUUAGAGUACUGGCUACCUGGAAUAACCAUAAGGGCUAGCGGAGCCAGGCAGCCAGUUGACAUGAGUGUUAAAAGAAGAUAAAUUGCAGGUCAGCAAGACAACACAAAUACGGAAAAAGGACAUGAUGUUAUCAGUCAGUAUCAUAUAUGUAAUCACGAAACUUUAAGAUCAAACUUAGUUUUGCCUGCUAACAGUAAAUCCUCAACUUAAAGAAUGCCUCACGGCGAUAUUAGAAAAAGGCAAACGACGAACAAUUGAAGCACGGAUUAAUUAUUAUUUUAAACCAUAAUAUGCUUAUGCUACCACAUGUCCUUUUACAUGCACACAAACUACCAGAUCAUAACAUUAACUCAUGAAAAAUGAAAAGUACAACUGCCGUUAGUUUGGUUUCAUUAAGUCGCAACUGACUGUGCUUUCAUUCGUCGCAAAUACAAAUUUUUAGGAGGUUUUAAAUCUUUAAAUUUUUCGGAGGCUGAUUAUUUUUUGAAAUAUAUGCAAUUAAGGAUUCUGUUUAUCCAUACUCUAUUUUUAUAAAAAUACAAAAAGGGUACAUCAUAAAAUAGAAAUUUAGAACAAGUGACUCGAGUGAAAAUUAGUCGACAAGAAAUUGAUCAUUGAUAGCUCACUCGGUUUAUUGUUUAAUGUGAGCUGAUGUCUUUGCUUUCUGACUGAACGAAAUGCAGACAACCACGAUAGGAUAGAAAAAUAAACAUGUCAAGAACAUUCAAACAAAAUGUCUGUUUAUGGUUAUCUCUUUGCCAUAUAAGGGAGUUUGUCACACUUAUUGUUUAGGGUUGUUAUUAUGCAAAUAAAAGUCGGUAAAGGCAAGUCUCUUUCUAUAUUAUCAAGUUUAUUUUCGACAUAUCGGCUUACUUUCAAAAAAGGAGCAAUAUUGUUCCAUUAUUUUACUUUUAAUUUUGCGAGCGAUUGGAAGAAAUAAUUUGGAUCAAACCACAUGUGUAGUAUAUAUAGAGCUUCAUCAAUUCACGGUAAUAGUGUCCCUUAGUUGCGUACUGUUUGUGGCAAAAUAAAAACGAUACUCGUCAUCGGCGAUGCUAUCCUGUUAUUUAGAAGAUAUCUAGAUGUCAUGGAUCCAAGGAAAUUCUUCAAAAGACUCGCUCGAGAUCUUGGACUUCUAAAGACUGAUUCAAGUACGCAGAGAAAAUCUGAAAAAGUUUCUGAACCUGUGAAUUUUGAACAUCGUGUACAUGUGGCUGUGGACGGGGACUCUGGUCGAUUUGUUGGUCUACCACCGCAAUGGAGACGAGUUGUUGGAAGAAAACCGGAUCAUGAUGUUUCAUAUCCUGAAAAUUCGCAUUCAGUACCGAGAAGAAACCUCACGCAAAGGAACCGCCAAAUAUUGGAUGAUAACGCGCUUGAUCACACAUUGUCACGAACGAACACGGGGAAUUUCACAAGUUUCGCUACUUCUUUGGAAACCCCAAGAUCGAGGGCAAGCGUUGCGGAUAAUCAAGAUUUAAUAAUCGAAAGACUAAAACGUGAGUUAAGGGAUUACAAAGCAAGAAAUUCACACGCAUUUGAAGAAUCGACCGAAGAUAUGUUUGGAAAUCUAAACAGGGUGCCACUAAUGCAGUUUCCUCCUUUGGAUGAAAAUCGGUCGCAUGUUACUCUUCCGAUAUUUUCAAACAAUUUUCACGAAUCUGAGGAACUGGUCGAGAAUGCUUUACUCACAAACGAGCUCGGUUCAAAGAACAAUGGAAAUUAUGCACAGACGACGAAGACUUUGCAUUCACCUUCACCUACGAAGCAUGCAAAUGCAAAUGGUAAAAUUACAGCUCAGUCGCCAACCAAACUAAACGGGAUCAAAUCUAAUGGAAAUCCAAAAGUUUUAAGGAGAUCUGAAAGCGAGGUUUGAGGGACAAAGCAUAUUUAAAGUGAUGUUGUAAAACAUACAUUGUACAUGGUAAUCACAGCUGCAAAUUUUGGCUACCUUUCCCGCCGCAUUUUUGAAUAUUUACGUCGCUUAAAUUUAUCGUAUGAUGGCAAAAAAAUAUUUCUUGUCAAAAGCAAAACAAUUUUUUUAAGGAAAGCAAGAUACGCUACUAACUGUUUGCUUCGUUUUACAUAAUAUUUCAUACAAUGGGAAUAAAAGAUCCGUAUACAAUGCUUUUUGUAAUUUUCAAAAAAUUAAAGCGAAAUAGUAAACAUAUGCAAAUUUUCUUGUAGUCGUCACAAUUUAUUUUGUUUAAAUAAUUUUCAACAAUGAUUGACGUACAACGGCCGAUUCUUAGAGGAAAAACUACAAUCUAAAAAUAAGCUUAGGCCUGGUUGAAAGAGAAAAUAAAUUUCAUGCUUUACAUCUGUAAAUAAUAUAUUACCGCUUUUAUAAUAAAAUAUUCUUAACGGCGGUGGACAUUUUCAAAGCACGGAAACGUUAAUCUCUAAUUCUUUUGUUAUUGUUCAAAACUUAUUUCCAUUUGCUAAAAAAGCUCAAAUAGUAGGGUUGGUUUAGUUAUAUGGUUGUUACGAUAGUUACGGAAAGAUAACCUGCCCUUGCUGACUGAAAUUUAACUCUGUAACUCACUUGCAUGUCACUCAAGCCACAGAAAGAAGAAAACCGGACAGGACUUGAAUCAAAAACAUCAACGCAGUGCAUCCUGGUUUAUUCAUCGUAGCUACGAUGGCUUCAAUCUCUGUAAGUUGUUUCUAUCUUGUCACAAAGAUCGCUAAAAUCGCUGGAGAGCUUUAGCAUACACGUAGGAUUGCAACAAUGGCUGAGAACCUUUCUUCAUCGAUCGCUGCGAUCAAACCAGCCUUCAGACAUGUAGGUAACGCAAACUUUCAUCCCAUGUUAACCUUAAAUAUUUAAAAGAAGUAAAAAAAAAAAAUCAAAAACAAAAAUAAACA